AUCGAGGGGGGCUGGAAUGUAAACUUCUCCUCUUAUCCUGGUUCGUAUGGUGCAAAAUUGCAGCAUUUUUGUUCCAAUGGACAGCUAAAAUCACUUUUCUGUUUUGCUUAUUGCAUUAGCCUGCUACACACGGCAGUACAAACUUAUAAAAUGCCUGUCAGUGGAGAUACCAGGCAAGCUUUAAAGCUUCUGGAGCGAAUUCAGCUUCAUCUACAAGAGUCUGAAGCCGCUCAGUUGAGCCCAUCUGUUGGAGAUGAUCUGAAUACACUAAUAUCUGUCUUAGAUAGUCCUGUUUUUAACAGCAUUUUAAAUAUUCAGGAUUCACUCCAAGAAUUGAAGAGGCAGCUACACAAACACCCUUCCAUUUUGCCUGUCGAUUUCGACAUAUCUCCGACGACCGGGGAGCUACUUCUCAAUGUACCUGCAGACCCUAUACCCCUGCAGAAUUCAGAUUCCUAUGAGCCGAGCUCCGACAACGAGCAGAAUUAUGAUUACGAUGGGCAUGUGGCAAAGACUAGAGGAACAAUAAAGUCUGAUGAGAUGGAGCCCCAUUCAACAGAAAUGUCUUCCAUAAUUGUUGCUCCUCCUGAAUAUGCCCUAUCUGCCAUAACAACAGAAAGUUAUGCAGAAGAGUUUCAGCGCACCAUUGACCAAGGUGCGCAGGGGAGAGAAAUUCACACGUUGCAGCUAUUUAAGCCCGAAGGCAGCAGCUUGGGCUUCAGCGUCGUCGGCCUUCGCAGUGAACAGAAGGGCGAAUUGGGCAUCUUCAUCCAAGAAAUCCAGCCCAACGGCAUAGCAGGAAGGGAUGGGCGUCUUUGCGAGGGCGACCAGAUCCUGGCGAUCGACGGGCAGCCUCUGGACAGCAACAUCUCCCACCAGCAGGCCAUAAGCAUCCUGCAGCAGGCCAGGGGCCUCGUCGAGCUGGUCGUGGCCAGGGGCGGGAUCACCCCCCUGCGAGAGGACGCUUCGCCCAACAACGACAUGGUGCUGUCGACGGAAUGGGCACAGGUAGAGUGCGUGGAGCUGGUGAACGAUGGAUCGGGACUCGGGUUUGGCAUCAUCGGCGGCCGCAGCACCGGCGUCGUCGUCAAGACCAUCCUGCCCGGGGGUGUGGCAGACAGGGACGGCCGCCUCCAGAGCGGGGACCACAUCCUGCAGAUCGGCGAGGUGAACCUGCGCGGCAUGGGGUCGGAGCAGGUGGCCUCCGUCCUCCGCCAGUCCGGCCAGCGGGUCCGGCUCGUGGUGGCCCGGCCCGUCGAGCCGCCCGGACCGGCGCUGAGCCGCGCGCCCCUCGUGCCCACCCGGAUCCUGUCCGACCCCGAGGAGGUGGAGCGCCACCUGGCCGUGUUCGCGGCCGGUGGAGGGGAGCCCCUGCCCCCCUACAGGGGGAGCCCCACGGGCGGGGACCCGGCCCCCUUCGCCUACCGGAGGGAGCUGCUCGACGGAGAGGCUCCGUUCUCGUCCUCGCAAUGCCGGGGCCACCGCGGAGGGGAGGUGAGCGAGGAGCUGCCGGAAAUGGAGACUUUCGAGGUCGAACUAGUCAAAGAUCAACAGGGUCUCGGCAUCACCAUCGCCGGAUACGUCUGCGAAAAAGAAGAAAUCUCUGGAAUUUUCGUCAAAAGCAUCGCUAAAGGAAGUGCAGCUGAUAUGUGUGGACAAAUACGAGUCAACGAUCAAAUAAUCGAGGUGGAUGGUCGCCCUUUACACGGCUAUACUAAUCACGAUGCUGUCGAAGUCCUGAGGAGCACCGGGAAGUCCGUGAAGCUACGCUUAGCGAGGUAUCUCAGGGGAGCCAAGUACCAGCAACUACAACUGGCCAUAGCAACUGGAGAGUUAAGUUAUCCUUCAUUUCCAAGCAUUCAAGCCCAAGUACACGAAACAAAGCUUUUGGCAGAGGCAGCUAAUAAAGAUGUUGAUGUUAAUGAUAUCAAUCUCCUCAUUGAUGAAGAAUAUGCUACUCCUUUAUUACCAAGAGUUGAAGCAGCUAUUCAAGCAAAAUGGAGCCAAAUUAUGGGUCCAGAAUAUGAAAUUGUGGUUGCUCAACUGUCCAAGUUCCGCGAAGGAGGAGGACUGGGGAUCAGCCUAGAAGGGACUGUGGAGGUGGAGGACGGGAAGGAGGUGAGGCCUCACCACUACAUCCGAUCCAUCCUGCCCGAGGGACCAGUAGGGGUCAACGGGAGGCUGCAGAGUGGAGACGAGUUGUUGGAGGUGAAUGGUGAGAAGUUGCUGGGCAUGGACCACCUUGGGGUGGUGGCCACCCUCAAGGAGCUGCCCAUGCACGUGCGGAUGGUGUGUGCCCGCCGGACCCCCACCUUAGAUGACGACGCCCUCCCCUCCUCCCCUGGCCACUCCCACCUGGAGUACGACCUGGCCCCGGACUUUCUGGGCGGGACCAGGGGGCGGGGCUUCGGGGGCAGCCUCACCUCCCUCGGGCCCUCCCCCGAGCGGCUGGUGAAGGCCAAGUCCGAUGGUUCGCUGGCUGUACCCUGCUCUCCCACCCUACUGGGCCCCUCCUCCCGCCUCAAGUCCCGUUCCCUGGAGCCCCUGACUGGACUGGCUAUGUGGAGCAGUGAGCCCCAGAUCAUCGAGCUCACCAAAGGGGACCGGGGACUGGGGUUCAGCAUCCUUGACUACCAGGAUCCCAUGAAUCCCAAUGAAACGGUGAUCGUGAUUCGCAGCCUGGUGCCAGGGGGCGUGGCCCAGCAGGAUGGUCGCCUUAUCCCUGGGGAUCGCCUCCUUUUCGUGAAUGAUACCAACCUGGAGAAUGCCAGCCUGGACGCUGCGGUGCAGGCGCUGAAGGGUGCCCCCAAAGGGGUGGUUCGCAUAGGCGUGGCCAAGCCCCUCCCCCUGCCCGAGAGCGGCCAACAGAUCUCCAUCGACAAUAGCCCCACACUGCCAGAACUGAGGUCGUCCUUCGAACUUUCGCCCCGGCUGAAUCUAAACCUGGACUUUGAGCAGGACAUAUCCGGAGAAAAGCAGGUGCUUCCAUCUCUCGGCAGACAGAAUAUUCUCAAGCUACUAGAUUCUCCUGUAAAAACUAUUCGUAUUCAAAAAGGGUCUAAUAUAUUUGGUUUGAGCGUAAAUAUGAAAGAAUCCGUGGGUGUUCUGGUGACUUCCGUGACUCCCGGCGGUGCGGCAGACAGAGAUGGAAGAAUACAUCCAGGCGACGUCCUGUUGGCCCUCAACGGGACAUCCCUCAUGGACGCCGAGCCCAGCAAAGUCGGAAGACUUUUCAGGAGUAUAGAUAAAUCUGAAGCCGAUAUUAUGUAA